GCAUUUUCCUGUUCUAUACCGCGGGAAUCAUGUGGCCUACGACGACUGCGACGACGUUUGUGGCGGGUGCGGUACUGGUGGGUGGCGUGCUGGGACAGAGUGCCAUCAACGCCCAAGGCACCAACUUCACCCUCACAGCUGACAACGCUUCCUACCUCUUCCACGUCGACCCGGAGACUCUGGACCUCACUUCGGACCACUUUGGCGGUCCCUCCACUGACUUCGUCACUCCCGGCUGGAUCUCUACUCAGGGUUGGCUGGACGGCCUCAGCAUCAAGCGAAGAGAAUUCCCCAACAUCGGCAGCAGCGACGUGCGGCUACCGGCCAUCCACAUUCAACACUCCAACGGAACCACAGUCACCGAGUUUCGCUACCAAUCACACCGGAUCGUUGAGGGAAAGCCAGACCUUCCAGGUCUUCCCGCAACAUACGGCGAAGCAGGCGAUGUCUCCACCUUGAUCGUUCAACUCUACGACAACGUCUCGGACAUUGGAGCAGCUCUCUCCUACUCCGUCUUUCCUGCCUACAACGCCAUCGCACGUAGCUUCCAGAUAACCAAUAAUGGCUCCGGCGAGAUCAUCAUCGAGCGUGCGGCCAGCUUCAGUCUGGAUCUGCCGAACUUGGAUCUUGAAAUGCUCGAGCUUCAUGGAGAUUGGUCCCAUGAGGGCAAUCGCAUCAAGCGAAAGGUGGACUUUGGCGAGACUGGAUUCCGGAGCUCCCUGGGAUACUCCUCUCAUCUGUACAACCCAUUCUUCGCUCUGAUGUCGCCCUCCACUACCGAGACGACCGGAGAAGCCUGGGGAUUCAAUCUCAUCUACACCGGCUCCUUUGCCGCCACCGUUGAGCGCAUUUCCAGUGGCCUCGUGCGUGUCCUUCUCGGAAUGAAUCCUCUCCACAGCAGCCUUCACGUACAGCCCGGUGAAAGCUGGACCUCACCGGAAGCAGUCGGCGUUUACUCCUCCACAGGCCUCGGAGGCAUGUCCCGUAGCUUUCACGAUCUGUACCGCAACCACCUCUCCCGCGCGAAGCAAACUAACCAGACUCGCCCGGUCCUCCUCAACUCUUGGGAGGGUCUCGGCUUCGGCAUAAACGACACCGCCAUGGUGACUCUCGCCGGUGAGGCUGCCGAUCUCGGCAUCGAACUCCUCGUCAUGGACGACGGAUGGUUUGGCGUGGAAUAUCCUCGCAACAACGACACCCUCGGCCUAGGCGACUGGACUCCCAACCCGGCAAAAUUCCCUGUCGGCCUCAACCCUUUCAUCACCGAAAUCACCUCCAACAUCACAGUCGCCAACGCCUCCUCCUCUUCCUCCUCCAUGCGUUUUGGUCUCUGGGUCGAACCGGAAAUGAUCUCACCCAACUCCACUCUCUACCACGAACAUCCCGACUGGGCCCUGCACUCCGGCUCUUAUACUCGCUCUCUCACUCGCUCCCAACUCGUCCUGAACGUCGGCCUCCCCGAAGUCCAAGAGUUCAUUAUCACGUCCGUCUCCCGCAUCCUCAAUUCCGCACCGAUCUCCUACGUCAAAUGGGACAACAACCGCGGCAUGCACGAGCUCCCAACCCCAUCCGCCGAGCAUACCUACAUGCUCGGCCUGUACAACAUCCUCAAUAAUCUCACCACCACAUUCCCAGACGUCCUCUUCGAAGGCUGCGCCUCCGGUGGCGGUCGUUUCGACCCUGGUAUCCUCCACUACUGGCCGCAAUCGUGGACGUCCGACAACACCGACGCUUCCGACCGCCUCACCAUCCAGCUGGGCAUGUCAGUCGUCUAUCCGCCUUCGGCCAUGGGUUGUCACAUCUCCGCAGUACCAAAUGGUCUUACCCACCGCAACAUCUCCAUCGAGUAUCGCGCGGAUGUCGCACUCAUGUGUGGAUCCUUCGGUUUCGAGCUGAAUCCAGAUGAACUCUCCGCUGAAGAGACAGCCGCCAUCCCAGGCAUCAUGGAGCAAUGGCGUCAACUCAAUCCUCUCGUCAUCGCAGGUGACUUUUACCGCCUCGCCAUCCCGCAGGAAUCGAACUGGCCGGCGGUUCAAUUCGUCAGCAAGGACAAGUCCGAGUCGGCGGUGUUCAUGUACCAACAACAAGCGAAAAUUAAGCCGUCUCCGCCACCGGUCAGAUUGGUGGGACUAGAUGCUGGGGCGAGGUACACGAAUGACUGGGACAAUGCGACGUAUACUGGUGCGACGUACAUGAGCCAGGGACUGAGUCCGAGGUGGAAGACGGAGGAUUAUCAGAGUAAAGUUGUUUGGGGAUCCAUUCUCCGCUUCGUGAGCGCUGUCCCGGUGAUCAAGCCUUAUACUACGCUAUCGUACCGGCGACCGUCCCGUGUCUUCGUCCAAAACCUGACCAACUUGAGGCUCAACGGAUCACUUUCCAUGGCUGGUGAAAACCGGUCCGCCAUCAACGACGCUCGCCGAAGAUCCUUCACAGUGCCAGGCCCGCCUUCUUCGUCCAGCGGCUUCUGA